CUGAAACUAUAUUCAAAAUCAAUUCAAAUACGAUAGGUGUGCCUGCUCCUGCAACACCACCAGAAGCCACAACUUUUUUUUUCUCUCACUUCUCUGGACAUCGCCUCUUCAAUAAAUGCACGCCCUCUAAGUUUGAAGACUUGUUUUCCUUUUUCAAAACCAACCCAGAUCACGAAAAGUCGUAAAGUUAUUAUCUUUGUCUACUUCAGAAGUACCCAAACAACAACAGUGGUUUUACAAUCUGUUUCUGGGAACCCAUUUCCCCUUUUUCUAUCUCAUGCUGCAGUGGUUGUUCUUUUGAAAAUCUUGGGUGGUUUGUUUGUGCAUAGUGCUAAUGUCUGUCUCAAAAUACAAAAUACUGUCUCUUUGUCUGGUUUCAUGGCUGUGGUGCGGUUAUGUGGCUGUGGCUUCAAGUGAAAGUAGUAUCGGUUCCAAAGACCUUGAUCAGACACCAACAUGGGCGGUUGCCUGUGUCUGCACUGUUUUCAUCUUGAUAUCCUUAACUCUGGAGAAAAGCCUUCACAAAGUGGGAACGUGGCUACAUGAAAAGCACAAGAAGGCGUUGCUUGAGGCUUUGGAAAAGGUCAAAGCUGAGUUGAUGAUUCUUGGUUUCCUUUCACUGCUUCUUACUUUCGGGCAGAGUUACAUCGUUAGAGUAUGUAUUCCUACUGAUAUUGCAGACAAAUUGUUGCCAUGUCCGCUUGCUGAUACCGAAAAAGAAUCAAGUAGUGAAGAGGAACACCAUAGGAAGCUUCUUUCUUAUGAACGCAGAUAUUUGUCAGGUGACGCUACCCAUUACCAAUGCAAGAAGGGACAACAACCACUUAUAUCUGUCAAUGGAUUGCACCAGUUGCACAUCCUCAUAUUUUUCUUAGCAGUCCUUCAUGUGUUUUACAGUGCUGUAACAAUGCUUCUUGGGAGACUAAAGAUUCGAGGAUGGAAAGCAUGGGAAGAGGAGACUUCAUCUCAUGGAUAUGAGUUUGCCAAUGAUCCCUCAAGGUUCCGCCUUACACAUGAAACAUCAUUUGUGAGAGCUCAUGCUUCUUUUUGGACAAGAUAUUCAAUCUUCUUCUAUAUAGGAUGCUUUUGUAGGCAAUUUUAUAGGUCUGUAGGCAAGGCUGACUACUUGGCUUUGCGCAAUGGAUUUAUCACUGUACACCUGGCUCCUGGAAGUAAAUUUAACUUCCAAAAGUAUAUCAAAAGAUCUUUGGAGGAUGACUUCAAGGUUGUUGUUGGAGUCAGUCCGAUCCUCUGGGCUUCAUUUGUUGUAUUCCUGCUACUAAAUGUUAAUGGAUGGCAUGCUAUGUUCUGGGCAUCCUUAAUUCCUGUUGUGAUAAUUUUGGCUGUCGGAACAAAACUGCAAGUCGCUCUGGCAAAGAUGGCUAUUGAAAUAACAGAAAGACAUGCAGUUGUCCAAGGGAUUCCUCUUGUUCAAGGCUCAGACAGAUAUUUUUGGUUUGGUCGGCCUCAGUUAGUUCUUCAUCUUAUCCAUUUUGCUUUGUUUCAGAAUGCUUUCCAAAUAACAUAUUUCUUGUGGAUAUGGUAUUCUUUUGGGCUGAAAAAUUGUUUCCACGCUGACUACAAGCUUGCAAUAGUGAAAGUAGCAUUAGGGCUUGCGGCACUAUGCCUCUGCAGCUAUAUCACCCUUCCAUUAUAUGCUCUUGUUACUCAGAUGGGCUCAAGAAUGAAAAAAUCAAUAUUUGAUGAACAAACAUCAAAAGCAUUAAAGAAAUGGCACAUGGCAGUGAAAAAGAAGCAGGGAGUGAAACUUGGAAACUCCAAGGUGCGAGCCAUGGAUGGAAGCACCACUGAUUCAACAGUACACUCUUCCGGCCCCAAACUUCACCGUUUCGAAACCACUGGUCACUCAACUCGCACCAUGUCACCCUAUGAUGACGACCAUUCUGACAUUGAGCUGUCUCCCGUUUCACCGACAGCAAACUUGAUUGUAAGAGUGGACCAUGAUGAGCAUGAAGCAGAAGAAGCUGAGCAUCACCCAACAGCCAACAAUCAAGAGCUAUCACGUUUGCCAACCCUUGAAAGAAGCAUGAAAUAGCUUCCCAAGUUACCACAGUCAACCAUUUUUGUUCUUUUACAAAAUAUAUGUUGUCCUUGUUUAGAUCUUUCUAGACAUUCUUAUACUUAAUGUAGUCAGUUUUGUACAUUCUUGUUCUAAAACGCUUACCGGCAUUUGAAACUUUAACCUUGUUCAAAAACCAUGCUUGAGCUUUAUGAGUGUGCUUGAACAAGGGCUUAUAAGUAGAGGACAAAGACUUAAAAGGAAGUUAGUAUAUUGAAGGGUAUGCAUUCAUCCCAUUAAUCAUGCUUUUUGUGUAAGUACAGCAAACAUACUUUCAGUUA